GUUGAUAAGCAAAUAAUUUUCAAUUUUGUAUUAUUAAACGUUUACAGUAUUAAUUAAUUUUGUACUAUAAUUCGAUCGACCUUAUUCUCAUUCGUGGAUUUUUAUAGCGAUUAAAAAAUGUCUGAUAUCCAGAUGGAUUGUGCGCUAGAUCUUAUGAGGCGUUUACCACCUCAAAAAAUUGAAAAGCAUUUGAGUGAUCUCAUUGACCUAGUUCCAAGUUUAUGCGAAGAUUUAUUAUCGUCUGUUGACCAGCCAUUAAAAAUUAUAAGAGAUAAGCAAGUGGGUAAAGAUUUUUUACUCUGUGAUUAUAAUAGAGAUGGAGAUUCAUAUAGAUCCCCUUGGAGUAAUACAUACUUUCCACCUCUGGAAGAUGGUGCUGUGCCAACUGAGAAAUUACGUAAAAUUGAGAUAGAUGCUAAUAUGGCUUUUGAUCAAUAUAGAGAAAUGUAUUUCGAAGGUGGAGUAUCUUCUGUUUAUUUAUGGGAUUUAGAUCAAGGUUUUGCUGGAGUAAUACUAAUAAAAAAAGUUGGAGAUGGAUCUAAGAAAGUACGGGGUACUUGGGAUUCCAUACAUGUUGUUGAAGUGCAAGAAAAAUCUACUGGACGUAAUGCACAUUAUAAAUUAACAUCAACUGUUAUGUUGUGGUUACAAACUAAUAAAGCCGUAUCAGGUAGUAUGAGUUUAGCAGGUAGUUUGACACGACAAACAGAAAUGGAUAGUCCAGUGUCAGAUUCUUCCCCUCAUAUUGCUAACAUUGGACGUAUGGUUGAAGACAUGGAAAAUAAAAUGCGUAAUACUUUAAAUGAAGUUUAUUUUGGAAAAACAUGUGACAUAAUGAAUGGUUUGCGAAGUGUUGUGCUGUUAAAUGCUGAUGAUGAAAAUAAAGAACUAUUAAGACAAGACUUAACUGCUGCUUUACAGAAACGACAUACAAAGUCUGAUGCAAAAGAUCCCAUUAGUCCAGCUACUAAUUAAUAAUUUGAUUAAAAUAAAUCUUCCAAUAUUUUUUAUGAAUGCACUGGAUUAAUUUUUACUUAACAUAAGUUAAAUAUUGGGUCUAAAUUAAACCAAAUGCAACCUACUCAUUUAACAUUUUGUUAUUAUUGAUUCAUUUAUUGAAUAUGUUGAUGUUAUCUUAUCAAAUAGUACUUCUGUAAUUUAAAUUUUGAUUCUC